AUGGAAGUUGCUAAUAUCAGUUUGCUUCUUACAGAAUCCAAAGGAAAUGGUGAUAACUUGAAGGUGGAGGUGAUCAAUAACUUCUACGGUGCUCAGUGCUGCGAGCAAAACAAGGACACCAAAGUGAAAACUACGAAGCUGCCCGAAGGUUACAACCUCACACCCAAUGUGGGGGCCCAUAAAUACUAUAGUGACCUGAAGGUGUGGAACGAUGCUAGAAAAUUCUGCGAACAUGAAGGAGUUUCUAUUUCAGCUCAUUUGGCAAUCGCUGAUUCUGAGGAAGAAAUGAAAAUUCUCGAAAAAUUGAUUGGAACAGCAGUGGAUACAUGGGUCGGGUUUCACGAUUUGUUCACUAUUGGUGAUUGGGUCACAGUGCUGGACAAACCGGUACCGUUUUACAGCUGGAGCCCAGGUAAUCCAGACUUACCCAAUGCAGAACGUUGUGGUUCAAUGCGCACGAAUGGAUUCAAUAAUUUGAAUUGCAACUCAGCCGUUGGAUUCAUUUGCGAAGUCGAAAUUAGCAAAUAAGAUUUGAAAAAUAACCAUGCGAUUUGCAUUGAAUUAAUAAAUGCUGAUUUAUAUUAAUGUGGCAUUUUAUGCAAUACAAGUUUGAUGUG